UCAAACAGAAGCAUUCAUUCUUCCUUAAUCCUUCCUGUAAUCUGCUACUGUUUCUCACACUGUGUUUCGAUUGAGAAGAAGCGAUCACGAAGAUGGCGAGAUCUACCUCCAUUCUCUUCCUCACUCUAUUCAUUUUCGCUGCUCUGGCUUUAGUCCAGGCAAAGGAAGAUCCGAAGGAGAUCACUCACAAAGUUUACUUCGAUGUUGAGAUUGAUGGCAAAGAAGCUGGUCGAGUUGUUAUUGGCCUAUUCGGCAAGACAGUUCCCAAAACUGCAGAAAACUUCAGAGCUCUUUGCACUGGGGAGAAAGGUGUUGGGAAGAGCGGGAAACCUCUACACUACAAGGGGAGCAAGUUCCAUAGAAUCAUUCCUAGUUUUAUGAUCCAGGGAGGUGACUUCACGCACGGGAACGGUAUGGGUGGAGAAUCCAUCUAUGGUCAGAAGUUUGCUGAUGAGAACUUCAAGCUCAAGCAUACCGGACCAGGUUUUCUUUCGAUGGCAAACUCUGGAGAGGACACAAACGGUUCGCAGUUUUUCAUCACGACGGUGACAACUAGCUGGUUAGAUGGAAGGCAUGUGGUGUUUGGGAAAGUGGUACAAGGAAUGGAUGUUGUCUACAAGAUUGAAGCUGAGGGGAAGCAAAGUGGAACUCCUAAGAGCAAAGUUGUUAUUGCUGACAGUGGAGAGCUUCCUCUCUAAACCCUAAGCACUUCUUCUUCAUGAAGAGGAUUGUGGGGUUUUUAAGUUGUUCUGUAUUUUAAACACACUCGAAUGCUAUCCAACCGAACAAAAGCACUUCAGUUUCAGAGCUUUUUUUAAAUAAAUCAUUUUCUAAAUA